AGCUGGCUCAACCUUUGGCCAGUCAGCAACAUCACGGCGGCCAUGGCCUUCGUCGCCCAGCGAUUCGCCCGCUCUCUCGCAGGCGCCACUGCGUUGGGUGGCGCUGCCGCUCUUGCACAGCUCGCGCAAGCUCCAGCGCGCUGUGACGACAAGGAUCCGCCGCAUCCCCCGCGUUAUCCUUUCUGGGUGAAGUCAGUGUUCCAUGCCCAUGAGAUCCCGAGUGUUCGUCGUGGGUAUGAGGUCUACCGCCAGGUCUGCGCCACAUGCCAUUCGAUGAAGCAGCUGCAUUUCAGACAUCUCUCCAAUUUCGUGCUGCCUGAAAAGCGCAUGAAGGAGAUCGCCGCCAGCUACGAUGUGGUGGACGGGCCCAACGAUGAAGGCGAGAUGUUCACUCGCCCGGGCAUCUUGGUGGACGCCUUUCCAUCGCCGUAUCCCAACGAGGAGGCCGCACGCUAUGCCAAUGGCGGCGCCAACCCGCCUGACUUGAGUGUCUACACCACUGCCAAGCACGAGGGUUUGGACUACAUCUUCGCCCUACUCUUGGGCUACAGAGACCCUCCGGCUGGAAUCGAAGUGCGUGAUGGCUUGUACUACAACGUGUGACUUGCCAGGCUUGAUUGGCAUGCCCAACCCUUUGCACUCAGACGGCCUUGUGGACUAUGAGGACGGUACUCCUUGCACCAAGUCCCAGAUGGCCAAAGACGUGGUGAAUUUCCUGUGCUGGGCCGCGGAGCCGGCGCACGACGAACGGAAGCUCAUCGGCCUCAAGGCAGCGAGCGCCUGCUUGGUUGGUACCUUUAUCGUCGGCUUUUGGUAUCGAAGCAUGUGGAUCGGGUUCAAGACACGCCGCAUUGACUUUACCAAAGCUGUGAUGUGAGACAGUCCUGAGCGAUUUCCUUCGGGCCGGCAGAUGAGACCCGCGCCUGCGCCUGUUAGUGCGUGCGCUUGCGAACAUGGUAUGCCCAGCAUGCGCUUGGUUCGAAGAUUGUGGAAGUUUGGCGACACCCUUUGGAUUGUGUUUCAUCCUUUUUCUCACUGUUUGAUCUGUUUGAGAAGGACAAUUAGUUUGCCAGGCUGCUUCCACUCAUGAAGGGAG